CUCUUUCUCUCCUUGUAGUUUUUGUCUAGAGUGGAGGUGGAGGAAAAGAGAAGGGGAAGUGGAGUGUGGGAUGGGCAUAAAGAGGACACAGAAGAAAUCAUCAUGACUUGGUGUAAUGACUGUAGUGAUGUGCAAACUGUGGAGAGAAAAAGGUCAAGUUCGCCCCCUCAGCUGCCGUCUGAUAGACCGGUGAUUCUGUCUGAAAGACACAAGGGUUGUUUGGUUAGGGCUUGUCCUUCUUGUGGUCAUCAGAUCAAAUAUCGUCAGCAGGCCGGAAUUCACGAUUUGCCCGGGCUACCGGCUGGUGUGAAGUUCGAUCCGACGGAUCAAGAGCUUCUAGAACAUCUGGAGGGGAAGGUUAGGGGUGAUGUUCGGAAGCUUCAUCCUCUCAUAGAUGAGUUCAUCCCUACCAUUGAAGGAGAGAAUGGGAUUUGUUAUACUCAUCCCGAAAAGUUGCCAGGAGUUAGCAAAGACGGCCUAAUACGCCACUUCUUCCACCGCCCCUCCAAGGCCUACACUACCGGAACUCGUAAGAGGCGCAAGGUUCACACGGACGAUGAAGGCGGUGAGACCCGAUGGCACAAAACGGGCAAGACCAGGCCAGUCUCCAUCGGGGGCAAAGUGAAGGGGUACAAAAAAAUCCUGGUGCUCUACACCAACUAUGGCAAGCAAAGGAAACCAGAAAAAACCAACUGGGUGAUGCACCAGUACCAUCUCGGAAACAAUGAGGAGGAGAAAGAUGGCGAGCUGGUAGUCUCCAAGGUUUUCUACCAAACACAACCCCGACAAUGUGGAUCAGUUAAGGAUGCUCUGAUUCCGAUUAAAGCAAUGAAGAUGCAAGGAAAUGAACAAGGAUUGAAUGGUCUUAAAAACAGUGGGAAUAUUGUUGAGUACUAUAAUGCAUCUCCAUUCAUAUCCUUUGAUCAAACCGGGCAACACAGAGCUAACCCUAGCCAGGUUUUUCCACAAUAUUCAGUCCAUGAAGGGAAUUUUAUACCUUAGAAGGACACACAUCUGCAUUCAUGAUGACUUUAUAAAUUAAUUAAUAUGGUUAUAAUUUUGGGAAGAAUAAGAAUGUUCUCUGGCUGGAAGAAGGCCAGAAGGGUAAGAGAUACAUUCUUUUGGAACUUUUUUUUUUUUUUUUUCAAAGCAUGCUUUGUGCAGUGACAGCAGGAAGAAAGAUUUGUGUAAAUGUGUCACAUAUUGGGUUAACUUUGGAACUGUACAAAGAUGAUUCUUACAUUAGUAGACUGGUAGACAUAUAAGUUUAUAUACUUUAUACUGGAUGUAUACUUUGUCCCUUCUAAAGUGGGAUUGUACUUUAAAAUAAAAGAGCACAUUGCAU